GUCGCGCGCUGUGCUGCCGGAAGAUUCACGGUUUCGCACAGUUCUUGUUUAUCUCUGAACUCCAAAAGGCAUUACAUAAUUUCUGUUGACCUUCUCGCUUCCCUGAGGAGAAGGAGUCACGAUGACACUGGCGGGUAAAUUGGCUUUUGUAACAGGUGCCGGUUCUGGUAUCGGCAGGGCGACAUGCCGCAUCCUGGCACGUGACGGAGCGACUGUCAUUGCAGCGGAUCGGAAUCUGGCCACUGCUGAGGAGACUGUGAAGCUUCUGGACAAUCCGGAGCACUCUUCCGUAAAGGUAGAGGUGGACUCAUCGUCGAGCGUCCGGCAGGCGCUGGCCUUCUGCCUGGAGAAGUACAAGAAGCCCCCGUCAGUGGUGGUGAACUCUGCCGGCAUCACCAAAGACAGCUUCAUCCUGAAGAUGCCCGAGGAGGACUUCGAUGCGGUGAUCAAUGUGAAUCUGAAGGGCUCCUUCACCGUCAUGCAGACCUUCGCCAAGUCAAUGGUGGAGCAGAACACCGGCGGAUCCAUCAUCAAUCUGUCUAGCGUUGUGGCCAAAUCCGGAAACCUUGGUCAGGCCAACUACUCGGCCAGCAAGGCGGGCGUCGAGGCGAUGACAAGAGUGGCAGCGAAGGAGUUCGGCAGAUUCAACAUCCGUGUCAACGCCAUCCUGCCGGGAUUCAUCAACACCCCGAUGACGGGCACUGUUCCGGACAAGGUCAAGAAUAUGAUCAUCCAGCAGACGGCGCUGAAGAGAUUCGGAGAGCCUGAAGAAAUCGCCGAAGUUAUUGCGUUCCUGGCAUCCGAUAAAAGUUCUUAUGUCACUGGAGCCUCGAUUGACGUGAUUGGAGGGUGAGAGAGAUAUUUUUU